AUGUCUGAAGCGACUGCAAAUGGCGCCUCGAAAGCUGCCAUUGACUUCCCCACCGUCAAGGCAGACCUGAGUUCCGCUUCUACCAACAGAAGAAUCGCCCAAUUGCGAGGGCUGGACGAGAGUAUCAAGAACAAUUCUAUUGAUCAUUCCUCAAUACCCAAGCUGUCGAAGCUCCUCUUUGAUACUCACGCAUUCUAUAAUGACCGACCGUCGAGACGCGCUGUUCAGGCGUGCAUCGCCUCCUUGGUCGCCACCGCGAGCGACUCCAAGGUCCUUGCGCCCUUCGUCGCCGCCCUCCGCGCCGAAUCCCAGAAGCCCGGUAUAGCCGCCGCAAACGCCUUCGUGCUGGUCGAAUGGUGCUGUCUGCUGCUCAAAGGGUUAGCUGGGACGUCCAUGUAUGAUAAAUUUGGACUGGAUAUCAUUCAAAGCAAUGCUGCCGCUCUGGAGAAGUGCUUUCAGCCGCCAACAAGAUCCUCCGUGUCCCAAUCCGCCAUCGUGAUCACCCGCCGUGGACUACGCGCUGCGUUCUGGUACAAGGAGUUCCACGAGAAGGCGAUUCAAGAUGCCGUCCAAGCUCUCACUGCUAAGGGGGGACAGCCAGUGACCAGAAAUGCGAUCAUGCUUGGUGUGGUAGCUGGAGUGUGCUCUCGUCACACUCAAGCCAAACCUAUUCUUGCCGCAAAGAAGUCCGACUAUUUCACAUUUUUUACGAGGGAAAUCGUGGGAUCUCGAACGGCAGUCCCACAGCACAUUGCCUCCGGUCUGCGGGAUUUCUUCAGCGACUUCGUUACCAUCGAGGACCUCGAGAAGGAAAUUCUCCCUCCUGUAGAAAAGGGGCUUCUGCGCGCCCCUGAAGUCGUCUUGGAUCUGGUCCCGGCUGUCUUCAACUCCCUUCCUCAUAAUACAGACUUGUCCAAGGUUCUUGCGGGUCAUCUCAUGAAGCCGCUGCUUUCGAAUGUUAAGUCAACGAACCCGGCUAUCCGGCAAGGGGUCCUGACCACCUUUCGAGCUACGGCCGCCAAAAGCAAGGACCCGCAGGCCAUGGAGCAAGUCGCCGACGACGUCCUUGGCCCCCUUAAGUCGGGAAAGCUCGCUUCUGCUGAUCAACGGGUACUUCACUCAGAAAUGCUCCAGAGUGUGCCAUUAUCGGGCCCUGUCGCUGCAAAAGUCACCACAGCCCUACCGCCCGUUGCAGCCAAAGAAGGCAACGAGGCUGCGUUGGCUUCGGAAGUGUCUGCUCUCAGCCGUGCGGUCAACUUUGAGCUACAGCAAGGCACUGAUUUGGCCAAGCCCGCGGUCGAUGCGUAUGUCAAAGGUCUUGCCGACAAAAAGAUCGCCUCGCGACGAAUAUGGAUUUUGAAGACUGGAGAGAUCCUUAUCAACUUCAACAGCAGUUCUCAAAAUCUGACCCCAAACGUAGUGAAAUUCGCUGAAGCGGUCGCGGCACCCCUCGCGGAUACCUGGACUGAGAUCAUCAAGAACCCUCCUGCAUCUGCACAGAACGGACUCAUCACCGGCGCCUAUGUUUUCUCUACUUUGGCGCACCAGACCCUGGCUCACAUCGAGAGUGCUGGAACCAAAGCCCUACUUAAAAAGGCUGCCGUGUCGAAGGAAUGCCUCGUGACGGAACCCAAGCCGUCCUUCCUCCUUAACCAGCGUGUGUAUGUGCGCCUGACAACUGAAGAUGACCUGCGGUGGUUUCUCUGUGCGCUUUCCGCUGCCGUAGCGGACCUACCCAACGCUGCAGCCAAGGUAAAAUCAUCGUGGUCCCAAGCAUUGAUAUACCUGGCUUCUUCUCCCACUGUCGGCGCUCAGAUUCGAAAGGAAACUGGCGAGACGAUAUCCAAAUUAUAUGCGAAGCAACCUGCUCUGAUCUCCGAAGCCAUAAUUGAUGGACUCUGGGAGUGGGUUGUUUCAGUAGAGAGUGGCGACAAGGAGAGCGUAGCGGCGUGUGCCAAGUUUGAGAACACUAACCUGCAUGCGCCUCUUCGAUCAAUAUGUUUGAAUGCCGAAGAGUUCACCAAGAACGGCUCCGAGCAAAACCAAGAGUUAAUGGAAACACAGAUGUGUCGCCUGAUCGUUCUCGCGCGACCAGACCUAAUUCCUAGGUCUAGCUGGAUAGACACGUGUUUAAGGGUCGGACUUGAUCCUGGAAAUUUGGCAUCAAGGCAUGAGAAAGCACUUAUCCAGGAGGUAGUUGAUAAGACAAGCUUUGAGCAGAAGUCUUCUUCUGUCAAGAGUGCGGCUUGCAAAGCUGCCGCAGAUCUGGCAUUCGUGGCGCCUGAAGCCAUGACCCCAAAAAUAAUAGAGUUGAUUCGACAUGAUCUGGAUACAGAGGAACUGCAAGAUGUUGGCCCUGUAGAAGCAGCCAUCUUUCGCACGGCUGAAGGCACAGCUUUCAUCGAUGUCCUCGCCAAGAAGUCCCAGAGUCUUCCGAACAAGAACACCAAGGACUACGACACUCUGAAGUGGGAAGAAGAGCUUCGAAGCCAGCUUGCGAAGAAGAAGGGCACACAAAAGAAGCUUACACCCGACGAGCAAGCCAAAGUCCAUGCGCAAUUGAACAAGGAGUCGGAGAUCCGUAAAUCAAUCCAAAAGCUCGAAGCACGUUUGAUGCGUGGCAUUGGGAUCAUCAAGGGGCUCGUCACCGGUCCGCCUACUGAGGCCAAUCUAUGGAUGGGACCCGCGGUCGAGGCUCUUCUUAAGGCCAUGGCAGCUGGGGCGUGCCUUAUCACAGGUGACGCUGCUCCGUCUACCUAUCUUGCAAUGUCCGAGAGAGUGACAGAUCGGCUCGGUUCCAUCCGGCCAUUCAUCGGUGUGGCCACACUUCGAGGUCUUGGGGUGACUGGUCUGCCAGAUCACCUGCAAGGUGAAGGCCUAGAAGAACUCGUCACACGAGUCUUGUACCGUCUUCGUUUCGCUGGAGAGCAGAGGCCGUUCGAUGCCAUUUCUGUGGUCUACAUCCUAUCUCUCAUAUUCCUCGUUCUUCAAAAGGGUGGCCUUGGUGACGCAACGGAUGAGCGAGAUGCCCAGCUAGUUCUUGCCGUGGAGUUCAUCUCAUUCCACACUGAUGUCUGUGCGGACGAGGCUAUUCCGCGGGGUGAGUUGAUGACCACCCUGAUCUCUUCAAUGCAGCAGUACAAUCAGCACCACAAGAUUAUCAAAGAUUCUUUCUCCGAUCUAGUACGGUGCGUCGCGCCGAACAUGAGCAUCACUGAGAUUGAGAUACUCGCAAAAGGCGCCAUCAUUCCUUCCGCUUCAGUGCGGGAGACAGUGUUGCAAUCCAUUAGCGCCGACGUGGAUAUGAGUGAACUGGACUUCUCGGACGAAAUAUGGAUCGCCUGCCAUGAUGACGUGGAACAAAACGUAGACCUUGGCAUGGAGAUCUGGGAGGAAAGUGGCUUCCAGAUUUCAAAAAACGUCCCAUUCCGAAUGCUGCCCUACUUGGAGAGCAAGGACGGCCAGCUCCGACGUGCUGCUGCAAGGUCCUUGGCUGAUGCUUGCAAAGCCAACCAGGCAACAAUUGAUGAAGUCCUCAGCAAACUGCGCUCAACGUACGUCGAGCUGGCUAAGCCUCGAAAGCCUGAGCUCGAUCAGUUCGGCAUGCCAAAGAAGUCAGACCUUGCGGAUCCCUGGGAAGCACGACAUGGAAUCGGCGCGGCGUUCCGAGAGCUUGCGGCCCAUCUGCGGAAGAGCCAACUCGAUGACCACUUCAAUUUCCUUAUCGAAAACGGCCCUCUUGGGGACAAAAAUGCUGCUGUCAGAAGUGAGAUGCUGGAUGCUGCCAUUCGCGCCAUCGAUAUACACGGUGGAGACAUCAUUGACAAGCUUAUGAAGACCUUUGAGCAUACUCUGGAAGGACCCGACAACGGAACGGAGGCUUCGGAUCGGGUGAAUGAGGCCGUCAUUGUCAUGUACGGUGCUCUGGCUAGACACUUGAAACCUGGUGAUGCCAAGAUUCCCGUGGUCAUCGAAAGGUUACUGGCAACUUUGAGUACCCCAUCCGAGGCCGUUCAGUAUGCCGUCGCAGAAUGCCUACCACCGCUUGUCCGAACCUGCGGCGACAAGUCUUCCAAAUAUUUUGACAAGGUUUUGGAUACGCUACUGAACUCCAAGAAGUAUGCCGCAAAAAGAGGCGCCGCCUACGGCCUCGCUGGUCUCGUGCUUGGGAGAGGAGUGUCGGUACUGCGAGAAUAUCGUAUCCUGGUGACCCUGAAGAGUGCCACUGAAAACAAAACCCAAUCGCAGCAGCGUGAGGGAGCUUUCCUGGCCUUUGAGUUGAUGCCUCUACUUCUUGGCCGUCUUCUCGAGCCAUACGUGAUCCAGAUUGUCCCUCAACUGCUCUCAGGAUUCGGCGACAGCAACGCCGAUGUAAGAGAUGCCUGUCUGGCUGCCGCUAAGGCAUGCUUCGCGAAGUUGAGCUCCUACGGUGUCAAACAGAUCCUCCCGACGCUUCUCUAUGGUCUUGAAGAUGACCAAUGGCGCAGCAAGAAAGGUGCAUGCGAGCUGCUAGGUGCCAUGGCUUAUUUGGAUCCUCAGCAGCUCGCGCAGAGCUUGCCUGACAUCAUUCCUCCCCUGACCGGCGUGCUGAACGAUAGUCACAAAGAGGUCCGCUCUGCGGCCAACAAGAGCUUGAAACGCUUCGGCGAGGUCAUCAACAACCCUGAAGUCAAGAGUUUGGUCGACAUUCUCCUGAAGGCUCUCAGCGAUCCGACCAAAUACACCGAUGACGCCUUGGACUCACUCAUCAAGAUUCAAUUCGUGCACUAUCUGGAUGCACCAUCUUUGGCCUUGGUCACCAGGAUUCUGCAGCGUGGCUUGGGAGAGAGAUCCAACACCAAGCGCAAGGCGGCUCAAGUCAUCGGCAGCUUGGCACAUCUGACGGAGAGAAAGGAUCUGAUAGCCCAUCUGCCGGUCCUUGUUACUGGGUUGAAACUUGCUGUCGUCGACCCGGUACCAACAACUCGUGCGACCGCUUCUCGGGCGCUUGGUUCUCUGGUCGAGAAGCUUGGCGAGGAUGCUCUACCAGAUCUGAUUCCUGGUCUCAUGCAAACCCUCAAGUCGGAUACUGGUGCUGGAGACCGUCUUGGUUCCGCCCAGGCACUUUCAGAAGUCUUGGCUGGGCUGGGUACGACAAGAUUGGAGGAAACACUGCCAACCAUUCUUCAAAACGUCGAAUCCUCCAAGCCUGCCGUCAGGGAAGGUUUCAUGUCCCUCUUCAUCUUCUUGCCUGUCUGCUUCGGCAACAGCUUUGCCAACUACCUGGGCAAGAUUAUUCCUCCCAUUCUCGCUGGACUUGCCGACGAUAUCGAGUCUAUCCGGGAGACUGCUCUCCGAGCUGGUAGACUUCUCGUUAAGAAUUUCGCCGCCAGAGCCGUGGACCUGCUGCUGCCUGAGCUUGAACGCGGCUUGGCUGACGACAGCUAUAGAAUCCGUCUCAGCUCAGUUGAGCUCGUGGGCGACCUCCUAUUCAACCUCACGGGCAUCACUGGUAAUGCCGAUGCCGAGGACGAGGAGGAAUCUGCCAGGGAAGCUGGUGCCUCGCUUCGGGAAGUCCUUGGAGAAGAGAAGCGCAACAAGAUCCUGUCUGCUUUGUACAUUUGCCGCUGCGAUACUGCCGGCUCUGUUCGUUCGGCUGCCAUCGGCGUGUGGAAGGCUCUGGUUGCUACGCCGCGAACCUUGAAGGAGCUCACGCCCACGCUGACACAGCUCAUCAUUCGUCGGCUGGGCAGCUCCAACAUGGAACACAAGGUUAUUGCCAGCAAUGCACUGGGAGAGCUGAUUCGCAAAGCGGGCGAUGGUGUUCUCUCGAGCUUGCUACCAACGCUCGAGGAAGGACUGCAGACAUCCACCGACACGGAUGCCAAGCAAGGCAUCUGCUUGGCCCUCAAGGAGCUCAUUGCAUCGGCUUCCGACGAAGCCUUGGAAGACCACGAAAAGACACUGAUCUCCGUCGUCAGGACAGCUUUGACGGACUCAGACGAAGAGGUCAGAGAAGCCGCUGCCGAAGCGUUCGAUUCUUUACAACAGAUUCUUGGCAAGCGUGCUGUCGAUCAAGUGCUGCCCUUCCUCCUCAACCUGCUUCGCUCCGACGAAGGAGCCGACAAUGCCCUGUCUGCUCUUCUCACCCUUCUUACCGAAAGCACGCGGUCCAACAUCAUCUUACCAAACCUCAUCCCCACACUUAUUACGCCGCCCAUUUCAGCGUUCAAUGCCAAGGCCCUUGCGUCCUUGUCUCAAGUUGCUGGCGCCGCUAUGAACCGUCGCCUGCCCAACAUUGUCCACUCGCUGAUGGACAACAUCGUCAACACCAAGGAAGACGACUUGCGCACCGACCUUGAGAACUCGUUCGAUAUUGUCAUCUUGUCCAUUGACGAGUACGACGGACUGAACACGAUCAUGAACGUCCUGUUGCAGCUUGUUAAGCACGAUGAUCACUUUAAGCGGGCCAGUACAGCCAACCGCUUGGCCCACUUCUUUGAGCACGCCAGUGUCGACUAUUCUCGGUACAAUCAAGAUAUAAUUCGUUGCUUGUUGAUCUUGUUCGAUGAUCGAGACAAGGAGGUGAUCAAGUCGGCCUGGGCUGCUCUCAGCGCCUUUACUAAGAAGCUCAAAAAGGAGGAGAUGGAAGCUCUGGUGUCGUCCACGCGACAGACAUUGAACCAAGUCGGUGUUGCUGGCGCCAACUUACCAGGCUUUGAGCUUCCCAAGGGCAUUAAUGCCAUCCUGCCCAUUUUCCUGCAGGGUCUCAUGAACGGCACACCUGAACAGCGUACUCAAGCUGCGUUGGCCAUUUCGGAUAUUGUCGAUCGAACCAGCGAGGCUUCCCUCAAGCCAUUCGUAACGCAGAUCACCGGUCCGCUCAUUCGUGUGGUUUCUGAGCGGUCGACUGACGUCAAGGCGGCCAUUCUGCUCACUCUGAACAAUCUCCUCGAGAAAAUGCCCACGGCGCUUAAGCCCUUCUUGCCCCAGCUGCAACGAACCUUUGCGAGAGCCUUGGCCGACACGACGAGCGAGCUACUCCGUACCCGUGCGGCCAAAGCCCUCGGUACGCUCAUCAAGUUCACGCCUCGUGUCGAUCCGCUGAUCGCGGAGCUUGUCACUGGCUCCAAGACGUCGGAUGCUGGGGUGCGAACAGCCAUGCUGAAGGCACUAUACGAGGUCAUCAGCAAAGCGGGAGCCAACAUGAGCGAGAGUUCACGGACGUCGGUGUUGGGGCUCAUCGACGCCGAAGUGGACGAAACGGAUUCGACCAUGAUCAUCACCAAUGCCAAACUUCUUGGUGCGCUCAUCAAGGUAGUCCCGGCGGAGCUCGCAAAUUCUCUGUUGAAGAGUCGUGUCACCACUACGCACUUCACCAAUGCUUCGAUACUCACGUUAAACGCGGCGUUUGUCGAAAGCAAGGAGGCGCUGCUUGAGAGCCCGCUGGCUGACGACUUGCCUGAUGUGCUGUGCCAAGGCAUGUCAAAUAAGAACCUUUUCGUAGCAGACAACGCUAUCCUAGCCACAGGCAAAUACCUCCUCUCGACCACGCCGUCCUUCGAGCAAGCAAAACCCAUCUUCUCGACCCUAGCCUCGAUCAUUGCCCCCGGCAAUCCCGGCGACAGCCGCCGCCUCGCCCUAGUAAUCAUCCGUACCGUAAGCCGAGCCAACAUGGACCUAGUGCGCCCUCACCUGUCGCUCCUCGUACCACCCGUUUUCGCAUCCGUCCGCGACCCCGUGAUUCCCGUCAAAUUAGCCGCGGAAGCGGCCUUCAUCCAGCUCUUCGACGUCGUAGAUGAAGACGCGCGCGUAUUUGAGAAAUUCCUCCAGGGUAAGGAGGGCCAGGAGAUGAACGCGAAUACCAGGAGGAUGAUGAAUGAUUAUUUCAAGCGCGUGGCGUCGAGAUUGGCGGGGCAGGCCCGCGAGAGGAGGGAGGCGCAUGGUGGGCUCGGGUUGAGUGAUGAUGAGAGGGAAGAUGAGAGGGAGAUUUGGAGUGUGGGGAGUGUGGAUGCGGGGGAGGGGGUGUUUUCUUAUGAUUAG